CCAAUGAAAAGUGCCAAAUUACUUUUUUAAGGCACGCGUGUUUUGAAUGUCCAAUUGUGUGUUAGAAAUAAGGCGGGACUUAAAGCGUAACGGCGACAAGUCUUGCGUCAACUAUAAAGGCAAUAACAGCGCGUUACCGCGGGUGGACGGUGUGUGUUUACUUAGCCAACUGAACACAAGGUAACUUUAGGGCACGCCGCGUCUUUUUUUUUUAUACAUUUGUACCUUAGCGUGUUUAAUGAUUUAUUAUGCAUGUUAACAUUCACACGGCCAGUGGCAUGUAAAUAUCAUGGCUCACUAAUGUGCCAGUCUUACAAAUGGAAAGGGGGCUUCACUUUGGAAAGGUGAGCAUUUCCUUGCUGGUCCUCCUGCUGCUGCUGCUCGAAGUGCCCACCGGGCUUGGGUCCUCGCACACCCCGGGCUCCAGGAGGGAGCCCCAGCUCGCCGGCCGGGGCUUGGGAUCGACCCCGGUGGACGAUGGAGACGAAGUCAUGAAGCUCCAUCUGGAGAAGGUGGUCGGUGCUCCAGCCAUAGCGGCGGCAGACGUGACGGUGGAGGAUGACGACGCCGGAGAGGCCGACGAGGCGUCGGGAGGAAGUAACGGAGAAGUCCCGGUGGGGAGGUCUCUUGUGAUCAUCAGCACCCUGGACGGCCGCAUAGCUGCUCUGGAUCCUCACAAUCAGGGUCAGAAGCAGUGGGACCUGGACGUCGGCUCAGGGUGCCUCGUGUCCUCCAGCCUCAGCAAACCUGAGGUGUUUGGCAAUAAGAUGGUCAUCCCGUCGCUGGAUGGCGCCUUGUUCCAGUGGAACCGUGACAGGGAGAGUAUGGAGGCAGUGCCUUUCAGCGUAGAGUCCCUGCUGGAGUCCUCGUACCGCAUCGGAGACGACACUGUCCUGGUCGGGGGAAAGUCCCUCACUACUUACGGUCUAGGGACCUACAGCGGCAAGCUGCGGUACAUCUGCUCUGCGGUGGGCUGCAGCCGCUGGUGCGAAGACGAGGUGGAAGGCGAAGACGUGCUCUUGCUGCAGAGGACUCAAAAGACUGUCCGGGCCAUCAGGCCCCGCUCAGGAAUGGAGAAGUGGAACUUCAGUGUUGGAAACUUUGAGCUGAAGCUGAUUCCACAGACCAAGUCCACUAUCAGCUUCCUGGAGGGAGAAGUUGCCAAGGGCGACUCCUGGCGGGGACACCAGCGAGUUAUCAUUGAGGAGUCCAAAAAAAAGGAGCGGACGGAGCACAAGAAAAACCACAACCUGGACAUGGUCAUCAAAGUGUCUGUUCCUAAUUGGAAGGUCAUGGCCUUCAGCACAGAGUCUGACGGACAGCUGGUGUGGGAGCAUCAGUUCUGCACACCCAUUGCCUCGGCCUGGCUGGUGGGAGGAGGGAAAGUCACACCAAUAAGUCUGUUUGAUGACACCGCCUACAGCAACCAGUCAGAAAGUGACGAAGAGGAGGAUGACAACAAUCAGGACAAUUCCAAAGAUGCUUCAGCGUCCAGCGUUUACCUGGGGAUGUUCCAGGGACAACUCUACCUCCAGUCCUCUGUCAGGAUCGCUGAAAAGUUCCCCUCCAAAGCCAUCGGGUCUGAGAAAGAUAUCAUUCCGCUUCCCAUCGUCAAAUGGAAGCCUCUUAUCCAUUCCCCGUCUCGCACUCCAGCCUUAGUGGGCUCUGAUGAGUUCGACAAGUGUCUGAACAAUGACAAAUUCUCCUACGAUGAGUACAGCAACGGAGCCCUGUCGAUCCUGCAGUAUCCUUAUGACAACGGUUACCACUACCCAUACGGCAAGCGCUACCGGGGGAAGCGGGACAGCGCCGUGAGCGUGAUUAAAAGAAGCGGGUCGCGGGCCGUGAACGGCAGAAAGAAAGACCCCGUGCUGCUGCUUCCAUGGUGGAAGGAGAUCCUCGGCACCAUCGUCUUCUGCAUCGCCGCCACCACCUACAUCGUACAGAAGUUUUUCCACCCGCCAGCCCCCGUGACAUUCGUGCGGCAACGAAAAGAGUCCGAGACGCAGUGCCAGACAGACAGCAAGUUUGACCUUGAGGUUGUGGAAGCAAAAGAGCCGGUCGCCGUGGAGACGCGUUCCAGCGAAUACGUGUCCAGGUACCUGACUGACUUUGAGCCAGUGCAGUGUCUCGGCCGCGGGGGAUUCGGUGUCGUGUUUGAAGCUCGCAACAAAGUGGACGACUGCAACUACGCCAUCAAACGGAUCCGUCUGCCCAAAUGGGAGCUCGCCCGUGAGAAGGUGAUGCGAGAGGUGAAGGCGCUGGCCAAGUUGGAGCAUCCUGGGAUCAUCCGCUACUUCAACGCCUGGCAGGAAAGCCCCCCUGAGGGCUGGCAGGAGGAGCUGGACCAAAGGUGGCUGAAAGACGCCAGUGCCACUGACUGGCCAAUGAGCUUCCUUGACCACAUGGAGGCGCUUUCAGUCAAAGUGCCAGUGUCCAGUUCCGUGUCGCCCACCAGCGGGUCGGAAGGAGGCGUUCUGGAGCCGUCCGUCAACGGGCAUCAUCCGCUUCUCUCUGGCAGCUCUAGAGGCUUCAGCAUGAACGGAGACCUGUCCUUCCACCCCCUGCUGGGCCACGACAGCCUGAUGUCCGAGCGGGACAGCCAGGCCGACCCGGAGGCCUUGGAGACGCCUGACUCCUUUGAGCUGUGCUCCCCGCGCCGCCCCAGCGAUUGCACCUCUUCCUCUUUUGACAUCGUCUUCGAGGAUUCGGGAUGCGACCGGGAUGCGGACGCGGAAACCGACUCGGCCUCCGAUGCCGCAGAUCCAGACCCGGCUACCGCGGGGAAGUACGGUUCCUCUUCCUCACACACCAGACAGACGGAAAACUCCCACCCCUCCUCUUCCUCGCCUCCUCGGCCCACCUCGCUUGUGUUGGCGCUUCCGCCGUCUCCUCUGAGCCAACGAGCACAACCUUCUCCUAAGGUCUACCUUUACAUCCAGAUGCAGCUGUGCCGCAAGGAGAACUUGAAGGACUGGAUGGCUCAGCGCUGCCUCCCUGAGCAGAGGGAGCACAACCAGUGCCUGGACAUCUUCCUCCAGAUCGCUGAGGCUGUCGACUUCCUGCACAGCAAGGGGCUCAUGCACAGGGACCUCAAGCCCUCCAACAUCUUCUUCACCAUGGACGACGUGGUGAAAGUUGGAGAUCUGGGCCUGGUGACGGCCAUGGAGCAGGAGGAGGAUGAGCAGGAGCACAGCGCCCUGACGCCCGCCCCACUCCUCACCCGCCACACGGGUCAGGUGGGCACCAAGCUCUACAUGAGUCCGGAACAGCUCUCCGGACACUCGUACUCGCACAAGGUGGACAUUUACUCCCUGGGUCUGAUCCUGUUUGAGCUGCUCCACCCAUUUAGGACCCAGAUGGAGAGAGUGCGGACGCUGACUGAGGUGAGAGCUCUGCGCUUCCCAGACACCUUCUCUAAAAACAACGUUCAGGAGCUGAGCAUGGUGCGCUCCAUGCUGUCGCGGAGCCCCGGCGAGCGCCCCGAGGCGGCCGACAUCACCGGCACCCCUCUCUUCCAGGAGCUGGAACUGCCCUGCCGGCUGGCCGUCAGGCAGCGCUCCCGCACCUACAGCGCCUCGUCCAUGGGCCGCCCCGCCCGCCCGGGGUCGACCACCUGACCCCCUCAGGUGGACAUCAUCCCCCGCAAGAGUCACAUAAGCAAGUUUCCUCACACUUUAGAACGUGUGAAUAUUGUUAGAACAAUGUGCGCCAGCAGAGUUUCCCAUGAAUGGAAUUUGGUUUUCUGCCAAUUGAGGCCACCUUUGACGCACCCCGCCACGUUACACCUCAGGUAUGACCACCACGAGGAGAGGCCUUCACUGAUGAUGACGCUUGACCACGUAGUCUGGUGCAGGCACAGCCCAUGUGUCUGACGUGUAACACCAAAAAGCGAUCCCAAGAUUGAUGCUGAUGUCCUGGUAUAAAACUUGCUCAUGGAGGACAACUUUGCUUCUGCAUCUCCAAGCCAGUACUUUUUCACACACUUUUUUUAAUCGCAGGUGCUUCAUCACUCCUUCCUCUUUCUUCUUCGGUGUACAUAAGGAAGCUGUAAAUAAAUAGUGUAAGACAGGAGCCAAUAGGAGACCAUCUCUGAAUGUCCAGCAGGACCUCUCCAGCACACCUUUGCAUAGCAACUUCUCCUCAGCGUGUCCACGCGGCGGCCGGAAGGGCCGUUUAACACGGCACACGAGAAUGUAGAGAGAGUUCAAAAACAGCAAAUGUUGUUUAUAAACUCUACCCUCAUGCUUCAUGUGAUGGCACACCCUGCUGCCUCGGCAUACAUUUGACAAUCUGUGAUUCAUUUUUUUUAUUGCGCGAAGUUCCUUUAUUUUUUUAUUUUUACAAUUAUUAUUUUUAAUUCAGUCUGGUAUUUGUCCUAAAGCAGUGGUCCCCAACCACCGGGCCGCGGAUCGAUUGAUCCGCACAAGAAAAAAAAAAAAAAAAAACUUUUUUUUUUUUUUUUUUUAAAUUCAACAUAAAAAACACAAGAUACACUUACAAUUAGUGCACCAACCCAAAAAAACUCCCUCCCCCAUUUACACUCAUUCACACUCAUUCGCACAAAAUGGUUGUUUCUUUCUGUUAUUAAUAUUUUUGGUUCCUACAUUAUAUAUAUAUAUAUCCGUAAGCACACAUGAUUGUAUUUUUUUAUGACAAAAAAUAAAAAUAGAAUAAAAAAAUACCAUCCCCCCCGGUCCGUGGGACAAAUUUUCAAGCGUUGACCGGUCCGCAGUUACAAAAAGGUUGGAGACCACAGUCCUAAAAUACCAAGGAGUGUCAGAGCCACGCUAAAACACAAGAAAAAGUCAAAUCAAGAAGGAAAAAAUGUAUUUCCCACAUUAUUAUUACUUUACUUUUGUUAAAUUGUCACUCUUUCUGCACAUUUUUGACUGUAUUCCCAUAUGACUUUUAUUGUUGUGAUAUUUCAACUUCAUCAAAAGAAAACAGCUGUUUUCUAACAAUAUUACAAAUGCAGCCAUCCAAAAACAGCAGCUUUUUUUCUCAUAAUUAUACUGUAUUUUUUCUAAAUUACAGAUUUAAUUAUUGAAAAAAAAAAUAUUUUCUUGGGUUGUAAAAUUCCAAAUGUUUUAUUCUAAUAUCACCUUACUGCAGUGAUAUAACUCCUCAUUUACCUGAAAUAAAACUUUUUUUUUUUUACAUAAUCCUCCAAAUAUAACUUAAAUGUUAGUAUAAAACAUUAGCAUCCUAACAUUAGCAUACUAACAGGGGAACAGCUAGCUUACUUCUAAGAUGGCGCAAAGUAACCAAAUACAUGAUUAUAAGGUUAAAAAGUACAAAACCAUCUGAAAUGAUAGCAUAAGAUGUUAGCAUGCUAACAUUAGCAUGGCAACGGGGGAACAGCUAGCAUACUUAUAAAAUACAGCCAAGUAAUGAAAUCUGUGAUGAUUACAUUAAAACGUAUAAAACGAUCUUAGAUGCUAACAUAAAAUGUUAGCGUGCUAAAAUUAGCAUACUAACAGUGGAACAGCUAGCGAACUUCUAAGACAGCGCAAAGUAACUGAUUUCAUGAUUAUAAUGUUAAAAAGUACGAAACUAGCUGAAAUUAUAGCAUAAAAUGUUAGCAUGGUAACAGCUAGCAUACUUCUAAAAUAUAACUUAAGUAGUGAAAUCUGUGAUGAUUAGUUUAAAAUGUAUAAAACUAUCUUGGAUGCUAACAUUAGCAUACUAACAGUGGAACAUCUAGCCUACUUCUAAGAUGGCGCCAAGUAACAGAAUCCUUAUUAGGUUAAAAAGUGUAAAAUUAGCUGGAAUGCUAGCAUAAAAGUUAGCAUGCUAACAUUUGCAUACUAACAGUGGAACAGCUUGCAUACUUUCAACAUGGCAACAAGUUAUUAGAAUGACAUUGCUGUGCUACUUCUUUCCCAAACUGUUUUUUUCUCGCUAAAUUCCAAAUUUAUUUUAUAAAAAAAAAAAAGAAAUGUGUCCUCAAUUCUGAUAUUAUUGCGGUCAUCGAACACAGUUGUUGUUACUUUUUAUUCUGGUUCUCAUUACACUUGAAGCGUGAUAAGCCCCGCCCCAUCCGGCCGUCAGCCCCUCCCCCCGACUGUAAAGCCUUGAGGUCUGCAUUUUAGUAGACAAGGUGAGGCGUGGACCUGAUGUUGGUCAUGUGAUCCAAACGCUGAGAGUCACAUGACCCCUCAAUAAUUGUCAUUUUCUAAAGAGCCUUUUUUUUUCUUUUUUCAUUCCCGCUAUGGGCGGGGUUAAGAAGUGAGCUUUUGUUGUUCCCAGGGAGGUUGUGUAAAGCAAAGUGACUUCCAGUCGCACAAGGUUGUGGACAAUCACGCCACAAGUCAGUCGUUUUCCCACUGCCUUUCUCUUUAGCGUAAAAACACGAUCUGACGGGAGGUUCCAUUCUGCUCCGUUAAAUGUUCUCUCUCCCUCGUCCCGUUCCUGUCCAUACUGAAUUGUACAUAUGUUCAUUUGUUUUAUUUAUGCCGCUGAUCAAUCCGUUUUAGGUUGCCGUUUAACAAGAACGUGCUACGGAGCGCGUUGGAAUUUUGACUUCUUACAAGUCUGACUUUAAUAAAACAGUUGGAAACUC